AUGGCCAUCCAUCGCGGCAUCCAAUCCGCCAUAUUCUACUACCUGUCAUGUGCACCAUGCUCCGAGGCUCGCUAUCGGAAGAAGAGGAAGCAGGAGGCUGCGAGAACUCGCGCGGAGAGGGAACUGCUGCAGGAGGAACACCCGAACUUGUAUCGACACCCUUCGCCGUCUUCGACGAACCCCCAUUGGCAGACUGAGAUUGCGCUGGGACCCGCGCUUUCUUCGAGGGGCAAGAGAAAGACCAAUACUGGGGACAGUCAGCGCGCGUUGAAGGCUGGGAGAGCUAGCAGCAAUGCCAGCGGGGAACCGAGCAUGGUCGAUCUGGCGCAUUCGAGUACGAAUGGGGAUAGGAAUGGUAGCCUCGGGAACUUUCGCUCAUAUCAGCGCGAAGAUGAGGAACUUUGGGGAUCUACUAGCAAUUUGGACGGGUCCAUGAACGGCAACAGUCUCCCCCGGCCUCAGCGCGCUCGAACGAAGGAUUCCCAUUCCUCGGAUUAUCGAACGUACCGCAAUCCUCCGAUCAAUGACCUUCAUCCGGCUACUUUUACGAAAGUUCAUUCGCGAGAAGAUGCCAUGUGGAUGAUGCAGCCCCCUCCCGUCGCAGAAGUCAUGAGUGGCAAGCUGCGUCCUCCGCGCAGUAGGAGCGAUAGUGGAGGCAGCUGUCUGAGCCCCUCCAGCUCGACCAUGUCUAGACAGGUCAGCAAUCGUCCACACAUGGCGACUCCUAUGUCUCGCGAGAGUUCCAGCCGGACGUCUAACGGACCCCAUGGCCAACGAAGCCCAACGACCAGCGAGAGGGACUUUGCAAUAAGCCCUAUCCUGAUUCCACAGAAAGAUAUACAGCUUCGACCGUCGCCCGUUCUGAAUCUAAACGAGUCUGAAGACUCCACCAAUACUGUCAUUCGCCGGCCAUCACUUGCUCCUGUGCCUUUACGAAGGCCAUUGACCAACCGAGCGGCUUCUCGUCCGCAGUUGUCGACCAUUGCUUCGGAUAGCAGUAUACCUGCUAACAGCCAAACUGCGCCUGAUUAUGUCAUUGACCGGCCAAAAGAGAAUGGACCUCCUGUCAUCACACAUAGCAGUGACGAAUCGUCUGUCUACAUCGACCCGUACGAGAGGCGAUCCGCCGUGCUCUACGACGAAGACCGCCUCAAAGUCUGGAACGACGUCGCCCCCAAGGGUGUCCGAGGCAAGAUCUUCCGAGCCACAACAGACAUCACCGACGCCGCCCACCGUAUCCCAGGCCAUCGACAUGACGAUAGCGAGGACGCCAUGGUCACGAUACGGCCGGAACUGUUUGACAGCUGGUAUACCCCUGACUUUGAGCUUCCGAAAUGGAUCCACGAACACACGAAGCGUGAAGUUCGCGAACGCUGGUCCAUGGAUUUUUGA